AUGGCAAUUAAAGCGUUCAAGGAAGAGGAACAGAGGAAGCCGAUUGUAAGUCUGCCGAGUUCGCUAAAAAGCACGAAAUCUGCGCCGAUCGAUAAAGAGGUCAUCGAAUAUAUCGCUGAAUAUCUUAAAGUUGGAUUUCGUGUCGCGACCAACGUCUUCAUCGAAACAAUACUUCUUGCGAGAGUAGAAUCAGCAAUAAAAAAUCAGAUUCAUCGCAAACGAUGGGAAAACAAAGACAAAGCUGAAAAGUUGCUGAUGAAGUUGACGAAGCACAGAAAGGCACAGAUCGACGACCACCAGAAUACCGAAUCGCCGUCAAAUGUGUCAACAUUCGACGACAGCAUCUCGACAGUCAACGAGAGCCAGAAUUUCGGAUCACAAAAUCCGCUUCGUUUGUAA